UAGGUUUCAGUGCGGUUUAGAGGAACUUAGGUAUUGGUACAUUCAAGUACUUUGUUACAGCUACAACAUGAGGAUGAUGCAACUUCAGCUCUUUCUACUCAUAUGGUGUCAAGCUGCGGAGACUUUAACUGAUCAACUUACAGAUUUGGGACAAAAUGUGACAAUAAACUGUGAUCUCAAUGAAAAUGAGGUUUAUUGGUUUGUGUUGAAACUAUGUUCUCCUGUUUUGAUAUUACGUUCGUUCUCAGUUGCAACAACUCCUUUUCACUACAGUGAAAGAUUCAGACACAAAUAUUCAGUGCAAACGAAACAUCUUCUUUUUAUAAAUGACGUCACCACUGAUGAGUUAGGAGUUUAUUACUGCAUGAACACAGAAGCACCUCCAAAAUUCGGGAACAGCACAAGACUACGCAUUAUUGAACCAACUCAACUAACUGAGUUUGAUGAAUGCCAGAAUCAUACAGCAAAGAUGUAUAUUCAAAAGAAUCAGACAGAAGUCAGAUGUAUCCAGCAAAACCAGUCACCAUGGAAGGCUCUUACCCUCAUAUCUGCUCUGCUGAAUGGCUUUCUGCUCAUUGGACUAUUAAAGGCUUUUGCAGUUGGAAAUAAAAGAUCUGCAGAACACUCGCAACAACUUCACAAUACUGAUCUACAGCAAACACAAGAUAUGCGCCAAAUCAUUAAUCAAUCUCAGUAUGCUGAGGUGGACUUUACAAAGCUGCCUAAAAAUAUCCUGCCUUUCCAAGCCAACAGCACCUAUGCUGCUCUAAAGCUGCAAACAUCUCAAACCGAAGUGUAAUGUUCAACUGAUGAAGUUAAACUGACCUCAGUGUCUUAAAGAACAAACAACUGAAACUUUGUGACUCUCCGAGAGCAUAUGCUUACAAGUGGGUGAGAGGUGAGCACUGCGGUGUGGUUUGGCUUGCUUGAGGUGUUGUUACAAACAAACAAAAAAGUAUCCCUUUUGACAAAUACAAAAAAAAGUGUUGCAUGAGAGGGAUUCAACUUGAACACAGAGAAGAGUUUUAUUCUUUGACUUUUGUGUUGUUAGCAGUGCUCUUGUUGUUUGUGUUGUGCCAUUUUAUAAAGUAUUUAAGGGAUAGUUGAAGGUUAAUAAAAAGAAAAUUCUGACAUCAUAUACUAGCCCUCAACUUUCUUUCUUCAGAUGGACACAAAAGGAGAUUGAAGGUUCACCAUACACAACUUGAGAUCACAGUCUCAGUCACCAUACACAU